AUGACGUUUGUUAACUUGAAUAACAAUUAUGAUGAUGGUAAUGACGAGUAUAAUCAGGUACAAGCCAACGAUCAUCGUUAUGGUGGUAGUAGCUUUAUUUAUUUUCCUUUCUUUCUUUCUUUCUUUUUUCUUUCUUUCUUUCUUUCUUUCUUUCUUUCUUUUUUUUUUCUUUCUUUCUUUUUUUUUUUGUUUUCUUUCAUUUUCUUUAAUUUCCCAUUUUUUUAUCCUUCUUUCUUUUUCUUCCUUUCUUUCAUUCUUUUUUUUCUUUCUUUUUUCUUUUUUCUUUCUUUUUUUUUCUUUCUUUUUUCUUUCUUUCUUUCUUUUUUCUUUUUUUCUUUCUUUAUUUCUUUCUUUCUUUUUUUUCUUUCUUUCUUUUUUUUUUCUUUUUUUCUUUUCUUUUUUUCUUUCUUUCUUUUCUUUUUUCUUUCUUUCUUUUCUUUUCUUUCUUUAUUCUUUUCUUUCUUUCUUUCUGUUUAA